GAUGGACAUGCCCACAGUUAGAUGUGUACCUGUCUUUAAAACAAUCCGAUGUCUGUCAGUUACACUGCUAUGACCUCGGAUUCCAGAAUACCAAGGCAACGUUCUUUAGAAGAGAUGUUUCACUUUGGAUUGAACUGAUGUUUAGAAUCAACUGACUGUCAAAGGGAAAAGGAUGGCCCAAGUGACAAGAAAACACCUCUUACUAUGAAUUGGUUUGGAAGGUUCUUCUCUAAGUGUCCUGAGGAUGUCUCCUUACUCAACACACAGCCACCUCUGUUGCUUUCAUUCGUAUCAUCUGAAGAUGAACCACAUUUUAUUUCCAACUUGAGGAGCCAUGCACCAGCCCACGCUGUAGUGAAGCAGCCUGUCCGGGGAGCCAGUGGCAGGACCACCAUCACCACAAUUGUCCAGGCAGGCGGGGACUGGAGCACCGGCCUCUUCAGUGUCUGCAGAGAUAAGAGAAUUUGUUUCUGUGGUCUGUUUUGUCCGAUAUGUCUUGAGUGUGACAUCGCCAGGCAUUAUGGAGAGUGUCUUUGUUGGCCAUUAUUACCUGGAUCUUCCUUUGCACUAAGAAUUGGCACCAGAGAGAGACAUAAAAUAUGGGGCACACUGUGCGAGGACUGGCUGGCGGUGCACUGCUGCUGGCCUUUUUCCGUCUGCCAGGUGGCCCGGGAACUCAAGAUGAGGACCUCCCAAUUCUACGAAAUCCGGGAAGCUCCUUCCACUAAGGACGCCCUGGUUUGACGGAGCAAGAGAACCCCUCCCCGUCAUACCCCUCACUCCCUGCACCUUCCUCCCAA